AUGGCACCGAAUAAAUCAAGGACUCGCCGGACUAGAGUGGUGCCCAACCGGAGCUAUGGUCUCCGGCCGUCAAGUUGUAUGGCGGAGGGUAGGAGACCCUCGCACUUCUUCAAGAUCAUACUCCCCUCUACCAUUCACGACAAGAAACUGAAGAUUCCUGAAAAGUUUGUGAGGGAAUUUGGAGAUGAACUGUCUGGUGUUGCUACAGUACUCACUGCUCCCUAUGAUCAUAUUUGGCAAGUGGGAUUGGAGAAAGCCAACAAGGAGAUUUGGUUUCAUGAUGGUUGGCAGGAUUUUAUGGAACACCAUUGUAUUCAUUAUGGCUACUUUUUAGUCUUCAGAUAUGAAGGAAAUUCAAAAUUCCAUGUUCUUGUAUUUGAUAAUACUGCAACUGAGAUUGAGUAUCCACGGAGAAAGAACUGUAAAUUGGAAGAUGAGGUGGACAUAAUUGAAUCAGAUGAUGAUGCAAAAAAAAUAAGACAUGACAAGUUGAAAGAAAAUGAAAUGUCUGAUGAAGUAGAUGGAGGAAGAUACGUUAGGGAACGAUUUUCUGGGACAUCUGCAAAAGGAAGACUGAAGAUGUCCAGCGGAAGAGAGAGAGCGAUCCGAGCAGCAAGAAUGUUGAAGCCUAAAAGUCCUUGGUUCAUGGCCAUCUUGCGCCCAUAUCAUAUACGCAGACGUGUUUUGUAUGUGCCUGUCGACUUUGCUAUCAGGCAUCUUAUUGGGCAUCAGUUUGUCAAACUUCAGACUUGUGAUGGAAAACAAUGGCGUGCCCGGUGCUGUGACCAUCGUGCUCACUCAGCUUCAGCAAAGAUACUAGGGUGGGCUCAGUUUUGCAGAGACAAUAAUAACUUACAAGUAGGAGAUGUGUGUGUCCUGGAGCUGGUCAAGAGGAGGAAGCCUGUUGUGCUUAAGGUCUCAAUCUUUCACGUCGGAGCAGAUAAGUCUCUUCGAGGCAUUUCCGCAGUGGGAUCAAUCAACCGUCGUGAUAAGAGUUUUUGUAACUAUAUGGCACCGAAUAAACCAAGGACUCGCCGGACUAGAGUGGUGCCCAACCGGAGCUUUGAGCACCGGCCGUCAAGUUGUAUGGCGGGAAGGAGACCCUCCCACUUCUUCAAGAUCAUACUCCCCUCUACUAUUCACGACAAGAAACUGAGGAUUCCUGAAAAGUUUGUAAGGGAGUUUGGAGAUGAACUGUCUGAUGUUGCUACACUCACCGUUCCCAAUGAUCAUAUUUGGCAAGUGGGAAUAGAGAAAGCCAACAAGGAGAUUUGGUUUCAUGAUGGUUGGCAGGAUUUUAUGGAAUCCCAUUCUAUUCAUUACGGCUACUUUUUAGUCUUCAGGUAUGAAGGAAAUUCAAAAUUCCAUGUUCUUGUAUUUGAUAAUACUGCAACUGAGAUUCAGUAUCCACGGAGCAAAUUGGAAGAUGAGGUGGACGUAGUGGAAUCAGAUGCAAAAAGAUCAAGGCAUGAUCACAAGUCCGAAGAACAUGAAGAAAAGAGAGAAAUGUUAGUUGGAAAAAGAGGAAGAGAGAGAGCAAUCCAAGCAGCCAGAAUGUUGAAGCCUACAAGACCUUGGUUCAUGGCCAUCUUGCGCCCACGUCAUAUACAUCAACGAAGUUUUUUGUAUGUGCCUUCUGGAUUUGCUAAAAAGUAUCUUUUUAGUGGGCAUCAGUUUGUGGAACUUCAGACUUGUGAUGGAAAACAAUGGCGUGCCCGGUGCGGUGACAAUCGUCGUAAUUCAAGUUCAGCAAAGAAUAUAGGGUGGGCUCGGUUUUGCAGGGACAAUAACUUAAAAGAAGGAGAUGUGUGUGUCUUUGAGCUGCUCAAGAGGAAGCCUGUUGUGCUUAACGUCUCAAUAUUUCGCCCGGCUGACUAUGUCAGUGGUGUUUGA